AUGGACGAGGGCGACGACUGCCAGUUCGCCUGCCAGCGAUGCUCGUGGAGAGGCAGUUCCACAGAACUACUUAUAGAGCAUUUACACGCGCACCAAGUUAAGCCCGAUACUGUUGACAGCUUCAUACGACAAUAUAUAACUUUUGAGGAACCGCUAGAGUCAGAUGAUGAUACAACGGAAGCACCAACAAUGAAAUUUAAGCCUCCAAAGCCUGUAGCAGCUCAUUGCUGUCCGUUCUGUGACAGUAUAUUCUCAUCAACAGCGCGUUUAGAACUUCAUAUCGCUAACCAUGUUGAAAUCGGCGAAGAUAGCGCUGUGGAGUGCUGCGGGGCGCUUUACAGCGAACGUUCAUUAUUCAUCCAACAUGCCCUUGACAAGCACGAACGCGCUCCGCCUCCUGGUAUAAUAUGCCGCGCUUGUGGCCAAAACGCUGACUCGCUCGUUACUCUCUCCGAACACAUCAAAAACACCCACACCGAUGAUGCUAUCACUCGAAAAAGAACAGAUCGCAAUCCUAAAAGCAAAGACCAAAAAUACAUCUCAACUCCAUGCCCGGAUUGUGGAAAAACUUUCUCCAACAAAUACAACAUGGCAGUACAUUUGCGGUCACAUAAAGAAAAAUCGGAAAAAAUCCAAUGCGAGUUGUGCAGUAAAUGGUAUGGUAGUCGCACCGCCUUGGUCAGCCAUGUGAAGCUAGCUCAUAGUGGAUCUUGGGCGGGAAUUACUGAAGACAGUCACGAUCCCGGUGUGAAUGGCGAGGCUGACGGCGAUGACCGAGCCUCGAGCGACGAGGACGACCGCCCGCUCGCCACCCUAGCUUCCGAGAAAGCUGACGCCUAUACAAACUUCUACAACGCCUUGCUAAACUUUAGAAACCAUUACCUAAACGAACAUGACGCCCGCUACCCAGAGUUUACAGAGUCGAGCGAAAGCGAAGCGGAGGCAAACGGAUCAGACGAUUAUGACGACUUGUCUAAGAAUAACAUGCGACGGGAUCGCAUGGAUGAAGCUACGAGACUCGAAUUAGCGAGCGCGCAGACCCGCAUAGACGGCAAGACUUACUACACGUGUCGCAUAUGCGGCAAACAUCUCAGCUCACCACACACUUACGUGUUCCACACACGAAUACACACAGGCGAACGGCCAUGCGUAUGCCAUAUAUGUGGGAAGCAGUUCCGAGCACCGAACGGCUUACAGCGACAUCUCGCGGAAACCCACGAGCGGCGCCGCCGGCACGCGUGUCGACACUGCGAUCGGACGUUCGCCAACUCGCAGAACCUAAAACAGCAUAUAAGGACGCAUACGGGGGAAAGGCCGUACUCGUGCUCGCUUUGCGGGAAACGUUUUCGUCAAUCGGGGUCGCUGCACGCACACAAGAAAACUCAUAUUGCGCUGUUGCCGUUCCGCUGCGCGCACUGUCCGGCGGCGUUUCGCCUGCGGGCGGGGCUGGUGCGACACAGGCUGCGGCACUCGGGGGAACGUCCACAUAGUUGUGAGAUCUGUGGUCGGUCUUUUAGGACGCGUGCGGAUUUAUCGGCGCAUCGCACGGCGCACUCGCCGGCGCGCGCCCACGCGUGCGGCGUGUGUCGCGCCGCCUUCCGCUCGCGCCGCGCGCUGCGCCACCACACGAGGCGCCUGCACCCGCCGCCGCCGCCACCGCCGCCGCAGAUACAGGACGACAUGGCGAUUCGAUCUUACUUCGUCCUAGCGCCAUUGUAGCCUGUUAACUACUUAGGUACUCGAAAGUGGAAACUGUACAGAUGGCUUAGAAGGAGAGAGAAAAUGAAAAAUCACCAAAACA